GUUACUAAUCUUCACUUCAGAGGCGCGAGGAUUUUUGAAGCAGUAAUGGAGGAUUUGUUGGCAAAAGGAUUAAAGAAUGCCAAAAAUCUAUUCUUGCCGGAAGUUCAGCCGGAGGAUAUCCAACAAUGCUAUACUGUGAUCACUUCCGCAGUUUAUUGCCAAAUACUCCUAGAGUGAAAUGCUUAGUCGACUCUGGUUACUUUAUCCAUGUGAAGAACCCUAUGCAAGCAAGUGGCUUCGAGAAAAUUUAUAACUCACUUCUAACUUUACAUGGAUCUACAAAAGCGCUACCCAAAUCAUGCACUUCAAAAAUGAAUCCACUAUUGUGCUUCUUCCCAGAAAACAUGCAACAACAUAUCAAGACACCACUUUUCAUUGCGAUGUCAGCAUUUGAUUAUUAUCAGAUCAAAACUACUAUAGACCCUAAUGCAGACCGAUGCGUUGAAAACAGGACAUGCACUGAGUGUCAAAACAAAGCCUUCAGAGAAUUUAGGUCGGAAUUCUUAAGUGCUCUGCCCAAAUCAAACAAUCCUAAAUUGAGAGGAGUUUUCAUUGACUCAGUAAUUCAUCAUUCAGCGCUAUCAUAUAGGUGGACUCCUGAAAACGCCAUUCUGAUUAAUAACCUGUCUGCACCGAAGGCAUUUGCUGAUUGGUACUUCGAUCGAAAGUACUGGUAUGUGAUAGAUAAGCAUGACCUGCCAAUCCCUACAGCAAAAGACCGCAGGACAUAACCAUAAGGAGGAUAAUCUUUAUGACUUAUAUUUAUUUCAAGAAUUCAAUGUGCAAUUUCAGAAUCCAUUUAUGUCAAAAUUUGCUGACAACUUUUGAUGUCUAUGUAAAUUGUUGCCAAUAUAAUUGUUAACAAGAAGGAUCACAUCGACCAAAAUAGUAUCAAACUUCUUUGCUUA